AUGACAAACAUUUCAGCAAUUGAAUGUGGAAUUCUUUGUGCUGAUUUUAAAGAGUUGUUUAUUCUUGAUGUCACUCUUCUUUCUCUUUGUAUUGAGACACUUGGUGGGAUCUUCACUAAGGUUAUUGGUAGAAACACCACAAUUCCAACAAAGAAAAGUCAGAUCAAAUGGAGGAGAAUAUUUAUCUUUCGUGUUUCCUUUGAGGGGAUCAAUCAUGGUGGUGUAACUGGGUUGUAG